UGUGUGUGUGUGGUGAAGUGAUAGGCGUGACCUGAGGCGCACAGAAAGCUUCAGCACUGCCAUUCUGCUGUCAUAGUACACACACUAUACUCUCCAGCACUGCGUGCGCGGACGGAUGCCAGUCCUCACAGAAGCAGACAGAGUUUGGUCAGACCUCAGCGAGUCUCCAGUUCAUUGCCCCCGUGUGAAGCGCAUUAUGCGUCUCCUCAACUCUCCUCGUAACAUCUCCAGGCAGUAGAUCGCUCGCGCGCGCGCCACUUCCCUCUGACUCCUCCAGCAGACGCGACCAUGGCUGAAGAGGACAGCGCGAUCGGACGAGUUUCAGACUCAAACACGAACAGCACGAACUUCGGCGUGUUGAGCUGGGAGCAGGUCCAGCGUCUGGACCUCAUCCUGACCGAGAGCAUCCCGAUCCACGGCAGAGGAAACUUCCCCACGCUGCAGAUGAAGCCGCGGCAGAUCGUGACGGCGGUGCGGAGCUGCAUGCAGGAGCAGGGCAUCCAUGUGCGGGACGUGCGUCUCAACGGAUCCGCCGCCAGUCACGUCCUGCACGGGGACAGCGGGCUCGGCUAUAAGGACCUGGACCUCAUAUUCUGCGUGGACCUGAAGGGAGAGACGGAGUUUCAGAUCGUCAAGAACAUAGUGCUGGACUGUCUGCUGGACUUCUUACCUGAUGGGGUCAAUAAAGAGAAAAUCACUCCGCUGACCCUGAAGGAAGCAUAUGUGCAGAAGAUGGUGAAAGUGUGCAAUGAUUCGGACCGCUGGAGUCUCAUCUCUCUCUCCAACAACCGGGGCAAAAACGUGGAGCUCAAGUUCGUGGACUCCUUGCGCCGGCAGUUCGAGUUUAGCGUCGAUUCUUUCCAGAUUAAGCUAGACUCUCUGCUGCUUUUCUACGAGUGCUCGGAGAACCCCAUGGCCAAAACGUUUCACCCCACCAUCAUCGGCGAGAGCGUGUACGGAGACUUCGCCACGGCGCUGGACCACUUGCGCAACAAGGUGAUCUGCACGAGGAACCCCGAGGAGAUCCGAGGAGGCGGCCUCCUGAAAUACUGCCAUCUUCUGGUCAGGGGUUUCCGAGCCGCCUCCGAGUCCGAGAUGAAGUCUCUCCAGCGCUACAUGUGCUCCCGCUUCUUCAUCGACUUCUCGGACAUCAGCGAACAGCAGCGCAAGCUGGAGUCUUACCUCCAGAACCACUUUGUGGGCUUGGAGGACCGCAAGUAUGAUUAUCUGACGACGCUGCACGGGGUGGUGAACGAGAGCACGGUGUGUCUGAUGGGACACGAGCGGCGGCAGGCCCUUGGGCUGAUCGCCAUGCUAGCGGUGCACGUGUUGGCCGAGCAGAAUGUCAUACCCAACGUGGCCAAUGUCACUUGCUAUUACCAGCCUGCCCCUUAUGUUGCAGACGGUAACUUUAGCAAUUAUUACAUUGCUCAAGUCCAGCCAGUCUUUACAUGUCAUCAGCAAACCUACUCCACAUGGCUGCCAUGCAACUGAACGCCAAAAAGAUGAGCUGAAUCAUUGCAUUGUUGAGUUUGUUUCGCAAUUGACCCCGAGUGUUACCGUCCACUUCCCCAAUGUGCAUCGAUGCUUGAGUGAAAUUAAUGGGGUUUGUCUGUUAUCUCAAAUGAGUUUGAAAGGCAACUUCUGCUCUGCCUUGCCUAAUUCUCGGCUGAACUAUUCUCAAGUGUGUUCCUGACUGGCUGACACGUUGAAUCCCAGUCAACUGCACGUUGAAUCCCAGAGCAAGGUUUUGGAAAGCUGCAGUUGCACACUUUAGUCCAAAUGGUAACCAGUGUAUUGCUAAGAACCUUUUUACAAAGACUCUCUGAGUGAGGGGAAAAGUCAAAAACUAAAACCCUUACAGUUUGUACAAACCAAAGAUAUUUAGAUUGUAUUUUUAUACCCAGACUAUCAGCAGAUGUGAUAGUGCUGUCUAUAUUUGUACAUGUGAAUGCAUUCAAAGUGCCUAACAUCAAUGCAGUACGCUGAGGUGAGCAAAGCAACCUCAGAAUCACGAAACACGACAAAGGGAAUUAAAAGCUUGUGAAUGUACAUGAUGUGUCCUGAUUUACAACCAAUGUAAGUGUCAUUUUUGCUUGCAGUUCAGUCUCUGUCUAUUAAUUGAACUCCUAAUUUAUUGUUUCUGAGCAGCGUCCACAGCUAUCUUUUAGUUUAGUCCACAUUUGCGCCGGCUUUCCAGCAGACUGUAUGAUCCUGGUGAGAGUUGAGGCCCGAAAACAAACAAAAGAUCUAUUUUGCGGGCAAGAACAAAGUUUGUUUCCGGACUUUCUAGAUGAAAGGUAUUUGCAGAAACCUCUGAUGGUGGGACGCUAUUUGCUGUAACAUCCAAGCAAGGAAUUCGACAUCUCCUGCUGAAGUAAAACCCGCUGUGUUCCUGCUCUCCCGUCACAGCUGAACCUGACCCCGCGUUCACCCGCUGUUAACAGAGUGUUAACCUGUUCCUGAUUAAUAGUGCUGGAAGGAAGCAGGAGGGGCCAUGGCAUAUAUGUUUAGCCUUGACAAAGAGACUUGAGAGGAGAGGGAAGAGGAAAGCGAGACGCAGAUGAGAGCGAGGGAGGGAGGGAGGGCUGGAGAGAUGGGUGCAGCUGGUGAAGGGGUUUAUCUACUUCUACAAAUGUCUUUUAAUCAGUACAGCUUAUUUCAUUACUAUGGGCAGUUUGUCUGAACAGCCACACGGUUUUUUAUAGGACUGAGAAGCACAGAGCAGUUUGCUUUACUGGAAUGCAAACUUUGCAGUUGAGUUUCCUGUAUUCCUCAUAUCACAGCAUGCAACUGAAGUGCACUCAAUUGUAGACAGUUUGGCAGUAUGAAGAUUAAAUAAGCAGAAAUAAGCUUGCAUUUGCAAUGCAUGAAAAAGAUUUUAAGGGGGUCAUAUCAUACUUUUUCUUUGACAUCAACUCAUAAUGUUUUGGUUUCCAAUUUAACUUUUCAGCACCAUUUUUAGUCUGUUUCUGAUCUUUAGAUGUAAAGGACCUCUAAAGGCUUUGGGUUUGCUGUCAGGUCCAAUAUAAAUUUAACUGCCCGAUUUUUUCAUUACAUACUUUUUGUGAGUUUGAGGACAUCAUAAUGUUUCUUCUGUCUGCUUUCAGAAAGUCGUGGAUGUUUAGUUUAAAUAAAUUUUAUUUUUGGACUGGGAAGCAAGUUUUGAUUUCUAAAAGUUUAAGUUUGUUUAUAUAGUGCAGGGAUUUCCAAACGUAUUUGUCAGCCAAACCCCUUUUCCCUAAAAUAUAUACUUGAAGUACAUUUCUGAGAUUUUAAGUUAAUAUUUUAAUAAUUACAACAAUAAUAAAAAAAACAUUUGCAUGUUCACGGUUCUCUGAUGUCAGUUAUGUGUUUCAUAAAAUGCAGGUAAACAAACAAAUCUUUUCUGAAGUGCUUUAUUUUUAUUUGAACAUAAAUAGAUGAAUCCCACGCAUUGCUAUAGCUUGUGAAUCAUAUUUUAAUACAGCAUUUCAGUCAUGCGACCUCGAUCGGACAUUGUUUUCCAAAAAAUGAAGCUUGCAUGACUGAAAAGUUGUAUUAUAUCACUGUGUGGGGUUCAUAUUUGCUUUACUUUAUUCCUAUGCUCCUGUUUUUAUGACUUACUAGGAGAUGUGGUAGUAUUUGUUUAAUAAUUUAUUUCGAUUCAGCAAUUUUAUGAUUUAAUUCAUUAUUAGCUUCUCACAAACCCAAGUUUUGGAAAUCCUGAGAUAGUACAUCAAAGUGAUUCUUCAUAAUAUGACCCCUUUAAAAACUUCAGUGGCUGCAUUACUAAUAAAUGCAUUACUUUGCAUUACUUCUAUAAGACAUGGUUGUUGAAGUGAUUGACACUGAGCAGAAUUUGCUUUAACAUUUGUUUUCAACCAAUGUGAUCUGCAGUGUUUGUGAAGCCUGAUUCUGUACUGAUUAUGAUGUUCACACGUCUCCUUUCUUUUAGUAUUUUGUAAGUCUGUGGUUUUCACUCACACUCUAAUUGGUCUUAACAUUUUGAUGGUAUCCUGUGGAUUUUUCUGGCAGCGGGAUGUUUGACUCGCUCUGUGAAGUCUGAGCUCCUAUCUUGGCAUUUUUCGAAUGAUGCCAAACACUUAAUGUUCAAAUAUCUUGUAAAAACAUCUUUUUAGGACAAACACACAUUAUGCUUGCUUUUCUUAUUGUAUCAGUAAAUUUAGUUGUCAUUCUGCAUUCUCUUUGUUCAAGCUGCUAAAUGUGUGUUUUUUUUUAAGCUGCUUCUUUUGUGCAUAAAUUUGUAUUCAGUUGAUCAAAGAUUUGACAUGUGUCCUCAAUAAAAAAAAGAAAAAAAAAAAA